UUCGAACGUCGUCUUUGCUGGAAUGCAGCCACAGUGCAUUCCUAAAGCGGAGAACACUGCCAAGCAGCGGGGGCAUUGUUCUUCGCUUGCAUAGCAAAGCAUAGCUGAUGCAAUGCUUUUUCGAAAUGCCUGUUUAUACCAUGCUCUUCCAUUUUCGACGGUCAGCAAUACUUACGACAGUGCCACCGUGCACGAUUCGAAAUCGGUUUAAUACGAUUUGAUGAGGUGAUUACUGCUGCACAUUACAGGAUACUCUAGUUUUUGGAUUGCAUUCUGCAUCUGCAGUCUCGGAAAACUCUUUGUAUUUCCCAUACUUUUCCCUUAGUUGUUGUUCUUAUUCUGGCGAAUGAACAAAACCAUGAACUCGGACCGAUCAACUGUGUACCAGCGUAUAAGGGCGGUUUGGUGUGUGGCGGCUAUUGCCGCCAUCUUCUCUAACCCGUACACGAAUGCAUGUGCGCCCACAUGCCCUGAAGACGCCAGUUUGACAAGUGGAAAAUGCUUCAGUGAGAAUGUCUCUUCCAAAAUUUCGCAACUGAUGGUAUCGGAACACGAGUCAAUCACCCGCACGUGCCAGCCUCUGGUGAGCCUCCAUGAGUACGAUAACGAAUGGCCUUUGUACGUGCAGCCGGUGCUGGAUAGUUUCCAGCGGUGGAUGUACCAGCGCAACCACGGAUAUUACUGGACGAAGGACGGGAGCCGUCUGCGCCGGCAAUGUGAGCGUGCCAGUUCCUGUCGCGUGGAGGUUGACGCGAUCUUGUCCAUCAAGGACGCCAGUUCCGCUGAUGCCGGCUUGUACGUUUGCAUCGCUACGGAGGACUGCCGUGAUGAGUCUUACCAGGGCUCGUGCCGGAUCCGACUCGGACCGCCGUUCCAGCUGCAUGUCACGGCGACAUCCACCGCGACAAGAAUUGUUUGGAGAGCGCCAGUUGUUCAUGUUUUGCUCAGUUACUUCUGUGUUCUUUGUUAGUUGCCUUUCUGCUUAGUUGGUAGUUGCUGGGUUAACCAGUGAAGAAG